AUGUCUAACGAAGUUGCCGAGAUCGCUAGGGAAUUGAAAACUUGUUUGAAGCAAUUUCCAAACUUCCCACAGGAGGGUAUCCUUUUUGAGGAUUUCUUGCCAAUCUUCGCCAACCCUGAUUCUUUUAGGAAGUUGGUGAAAGCAUUCCAGUUGCACUUGGAAGACAAGAAGGUCGACUACAUUGUUGGCUUGGAAAGCAGAGGAUUCUUGUUUGGCCCUGCCUUGGCUUUAGCUUUGAAUGCUGGUUUCAUCCCAGUUAGAAAGCCCGGUAAGUUGCCAGGUCCAACCUUGAGCGCAGAGUUCCAAAAGGAGUACGGAAGCGACAAGUUUGAGAUCCAACAGGAUGUCAUCCCCAAGGAUGCUAGUAUUGUUAUUGUUGACGACAUCUUGGCUACCGGAGGAAGUGCAAGUGCUGCUGGUGAGUUGGUGUCCAAAGCUGGUGCCAAGGUAAUUGAGUAUUUGUUCGUCAUGGAGUUGGAUUUCUUGAAGGGUAGAGACAAGUUGGAUGCUCCUACGUUCACCUUGUUGUCUGGACAGAUCGAGAAGUUGAAGAAUUAG